AUGUCUCUCGUCAACCUCGCACACGUGUGCUCACAUCUGCAAAAUGCCUCCAAAGCGCGCCUCGGCCUGACGUCAAUACCCGUCUCCAAGCUGCACGUCAAGCUCGCCCUCGGCCUGCAGCGCGAGGGCUUCCUCUCGUCCGUGACACUUGCCGGGCGCACACCCCCGAAGCCUUUCCUCCUGCAAGCACAGCAAAGCCCCGAGCAGAUGGAGCACAUGGCCGAAGUACUCGAGAAGGAGCCCUGGCACGCAUACGCCGCAGGAGUGGAGGCCGACGACCAAGGGAACACGCUCGUGGACAAGGUUCUGGGCGAAGAGCAGCUGCACCAAGUCAGAGUACCCGACAACCAGGCAAAGCGCCGCUUGUGGCUCGGCUUGAAAUACUGGCAGAACGAGCCCGUGCUGAGGAAUAUGAAGCUGAUAUCCAAGCCCACGCGCCGCAUCUGGUUGACCUCGGAGGACCUGGGUAGAAUCACGCGCACACGGCCAUCGAGCUUCGUCAAGGGCUUGACACAUCCGGGCGAGUGCAUGUUCAUCUCGACAGACCGAGGCGUCUUGGAAGCAAGGGAGUGUGUCGAGAGGCGCAUGGGAGGCAUGGCCCUGUGCAGGGUAUGGGGUUAA